AUGGAGAAGAGCCUCAAAGAAAUGGAGAGAACGCUCUUCUGUGUCCUAAUCAUACUACUUUGUGUCUACGAUUGCCAUGGAGUGGAGGUGUCAUCACCGACCAGGAAAUCUGCUCCUUUGCGAAUCACCAAGCCGCAAGCACCAACACAGCAGGCAAGGCCAAGCAGCAGCAGCAGCAGCACAUCCAAGGCAACCACCACUGAAGCUUCCACAACUGACGAGGGAGCCUCCUCCAGUCCGGGGGAGGGCCAGCUGGCCCCACUUAUCUCUUCCACUACGGAGGAGAGCAUCAGCAGCAGCAGCAGCAGUGGGGGGAGUAGCAGUGGCACAACGGCCAGCUUAGUGCCAGAGAUAUGUCUCAAUGGACUGCAGUUGACAAUCAGCAGCCCGGACGAAGGAACCCUCAUACGAGAGCAAGAUGAAUUCGUUCAGAUUAUAGAGGGCGAUGUGAUGCUUAGUGUCCUGACCAAGGAUCCCAUCUCGGCCCUCUUUGUAGUCAAUCGAGUGAACCAAGCGAAUCUCAUAAAUGCAGAUUUUGAAAUAGGACUUCGUGCCAUCAAUAUUGAUAACGUCAGCCUGGCGGAGAGCAUUCUCCUGCAGGAGGUUCAAUAUCUGCAGCAGUGCACCCAGUACUCCUUGGGCAUAUUCAUGGACUAUGAACUGUACAAGCAGCUCGAGUCCAUCAUCAAAGAUCUGGAGUACAAUAUCUGGCCCAUUCCAGGCACACGGUCCUAUCUCUUCCCCAAGGUGGCACAUUUGUUGCAUCAAAUGCCUUGGGGCGACAAAAUUGCGUCCGUUGAGAUUGCUACCGAGAAUCUGGAGAUGUACAAUGAAUUCAUGGAGGCCGCCCGUCAGGAGCACAUGUGUCUGAUGCACUUCAAGAGCGAGGACAAUGUCUACAUUUUGUUUGGCAACAAGAUGGCCAGCCAUUUCAAGGAGAAUGGCACCCUCUUUGCGGUGCCCACCGACCGUACUGAUGCUGAGUUCCUGGCAGAUCUUCCCAACAGAGCAUUUAUCCUGAUGGAGAAAGAAAUAGACUUGGGCACCACCAACGAACUGGAUCCCACGUCCACCACCCUGGAUGAGGUGCUGAUCGGAAAGAGUGUGCUGCCCUCGAGAGUGCUCAGCUUUGCCGAUCCGCUGGUGGAUUUAAUGCACUGGUUGCGCGGCUCCCUGGCCAAGCACUGCAAACGGGAUGGGGAAAUGUACGUGCUGGAGAGCUGCUUUAAUUUUCUCAACUUCAUUGAGGACUGGCGCACGUCCGAGUAUCGUCAGGCGCAUGAGACUGCAGAGAUUCUGUCGCUGCUGCUCAUGCGCAAGCUGACCACCUCCAUGAAUUUCCAGAUGUACCAGAAAAAGGUGCUGACCAUCGACAAUAUCUCGAAGGAAACCCGCACAGAGCUGCGAGAGAUUGCCUCGCAAAAUUUAGUGAGCAACGUGACCACCUACUACCACUACAAUCGCGACAACAGCACCAGCCUAGAGCUGAAGACAAAGUUCGGUCAGGUGUUCGAUUGUCAGUACAGCGCUGGUGAGAACCGCCGUUAUCCGUUCCUGUUCGACGGCGAGUCGGUCAUGUUCUGGCGCUUCAAAGUGGACACGUGGGUGGCAACGGGACUGACGGCCGCCAUUCUAGGCCUGAUAGCCACGCUGGCCAUCUUGGUGUUCAUUGUGGUGCGCAUUUCGGUGGGCGAUGUCUUCGAGGGCAAUCCAGUCACCUCGAUACUGCUGCUCCUCUCGCUGAUCCUGGUCUUCUUCUCGUUUGUCCCCUUCUCCAUUGAGUAUGUUGGCGAGCAGCGCAACUCGCACGUCACCUUCGAGGAUGCUCAGACCCUCAACACGCUGUGCGCGGUGCGGGUGUUCAUCAUGUCUCUGUUAUACUGCUUUGUGUUCUCGUUGCUUCUAUGCAGGGCCCUGAUGCUCGCCUCUAUUGGCUCUGAGGGCGGCUUCCUGUCCCACGUCAAUGGCUAUAUACAGGCCGUGAUUUGUGUCUUCAGUGUCUUUGUUCAGGUGGGCAUGUCUGUACAGCUGCUGGUCGUGAUGCACGUGGCCUCCGAGGCGGUGUCCUGCGAGAAUCUCUACUAUGGCCACUGGCUGUGGGGCUUAUUGUCCUACGACUUUGUGCUGCUCUGCAGUGUGGCGGCCCUGAUCCCCUUCAUAUAUCGCUCGCAGCGCAACUAUCGCGAGGGCAUACUCAUUGUCAUCGGCGCUGUGCUCAUCAUGGUCAUCUGGGUCGCUUGGAUUGUUCUCUCUCUGUUCGGUGACGAGUGGCGGGAUGCUGCCAUUCCGCUUGGACUGCAGGCCUCGGGCUGGGCCGUGCUUGUCGGCAUUCUGAUACCGCGCUCUUUCCUCAUUGUGCGGGGUAUUGAACGCUCGGACAUUGCCCAGGCCCUUCCCUCGCUCACAUCGCUGGCAUUUGCCCAAAACAAUCAGUAUUCCUCAGAACAGAGUGUCUAUGAGUGCGUGAAUCCCGCCAUGCGCCACUGUUCGCAGGAGGAGAUGAACCAUCAGUCGCCCAGCGAGAUACCCACGUUACCAUUGCGCGGCGGCGGCCCACGACGACAGCAGUUCUUCGCCAAUCUGCGGCAGGCCAAUGCCAACAUCAAUCCCCAACGUCCGCCACCUCGGCCACAGCAUAGUCCUUCACGCUCAUCGGUCUCCUCGCUGCCUCCCUCGCCCGAAAGCAACAAGAUCACACGAUUUUAGAAUCGAGU